UGCUCCUGAGCACUGCUUUUCUCACAUUUCUACGGCUGAAUCCAGCAAACUGGGCUUGCUGGAGCUGCUCCGCGCCACUUGUAGCUGCUGAUUCCUCCGUCUAGUUUGUUCUCACACUUCGCUCCGCUGCAAACUGCAACGAAACACUUACCCUGGCGAAUAUUUGUUUUCACUGGCGACAGUUUCGUCACUUGCGACGGGCGAGCGGCGCUUGAAAGCGCUAAGGGUGUUUUAAGACCUCGGCGUUACGUUAUUCUGCGUCACCUCCUGCCGCUUUUAGACCCUCGCUCGAUUUCGACGCGUCUCACCGACUGAGGUCCGACGACCUUCGUCAGCUUCGUCGCGUGCCCCAUGGCGACGAGGUGCGAUCGCCUCCAACGCCUUUCUGCGCUUGAACGUCGCCGCGCAUUCGUUUCGACGCGCGUCUCACGGCUGCAGAUAAUGAGGAUCAUUUUAAACCGAACCGACGAGCGUGAAACGACGAAAUUGGCUGUCCCUCGAGGGCCGUCACAGCGGUAGUGUCGGCUACUGUUCAACGGCGGAAUCGCGGUCGUUUGACGGCAAGAUUUGCGACCGUCGAGCGGCGAGAUUGGCAAGUGUUUGACGGCGCGGGUGCAUUUAACGACGACGAAGUCGGCUGCUGAGCCGUCUUGUCGGCGAGUGUGUAAUGGCGGAACUGCGGGCGUUUGACGGCGGAAUCGCAGGCGUUUGAUGGCGGAAUUGACGGACGUUGAUCCGACGAAAUCGGCGAGUGUCUAACGGCAGAAUCCGUCAACAGCGAAAUAGGUAGCCGCUCAACAUCCGUCGAGCGGUAAUUUCGGCGACCGUUACACAGCGAAAUCGCGAGCGUUGACGGCGGAAUUGACGGCCGUUGCGUGGCGAUGCCCCCUGUUCUGCUGGCGACGCUCUCUGCUUUGCUAGCGAUGCUCUCGACCCUGCGGCGACGCGUCUGCAGAGGCGAGACGAGGUGAGGCGAGGCAUGUCGCGCGUCACUUCCUGUGAGGACUGACGACAUGCUGUCAGAACCUAAGUCCCUCAUGGCCCUCCCCUCACCGCCAAUUGCUCUGAGUUGCUCCAUGCAUUGCCCCCCAUACGUCGUGCACUAUGCCACUGGUACCUUGCACCCCCACCCUUAUCUCUCACGCUACCUUCUGGCAUCAGGCAGCAUACAAGCGCCUCACAGGGGGCAGCAGACUAGCUUAUGGAAUCAGGCAGCAUACAAGCAUCUCACAGGGGGCAGCAGACUAGCUUCUUGCAUCAGGCAGCAUACAAGUACCUCACAGGGGGCAGCAGACUAGCCUCUGGCAUCAGGCAGCAUACAAGCACCUCAUAGGGGGCAGCAGACUAGCCUCUGGCAUCAGGCAGCAUACAAGCACCUCAUAGGGGGCAGCAGACUAGCUUCUGGCAUCAGGCAGCAUACAAGCACCUCACAGGGGGCAGCAGACUAGCUUCUGGCAUCAGGUAGCAUACAAGCAUCUCACAGGGGGCAGCAGACUAGCUUCUGGCAUCAGGCAGCAAACAAGUAGCUCACAGGGGGCAGCAGACUAGCUUCUGGCAUCAGGCAGCAUACAAGUACCUCACAGGGGGCAGCAGACUAGCCUCUGGCAUCAGGCAGCAUACAAGCACCUCACAGGGGGUAGCAGACUAGCUUCUGGCACCAGGCAGCAUACAAGCACCUCACAGGGGGCAAGCAGACUAGCCUCUGGCAUCAGGCAGCAUACAAGCAUCUCACAGGGGGCAGCAGACUAGCUUCUGGCAUCAGGCAGCAUACAAGCACCUCACAGGGGGCAGCAGACUAGCUUCUGGCAUCAGGCAGCAUACAAGCACCUCACAGGGGGCAGCAGACUAGCUUCUGGCAUCAGGCAGCAUACAAGCACCUCACAGGGGGCAGCAGACUAGCUUCUGGCAUCAGGCAGCAUACAAGCACCUCACAGGGGGCAGCAGACUAGCUUCUGGCAUCAAGCAGCAUACAAGAAUCUCACAGGGGCCAGCAGACUAGCUUCUGGCAUCAGGGUUGGAAUGUGUUGGAUCAGGUGUGUAGCGGCCUCUUCAAGCCGAUCUGCUUUGCCAUCUGCACAAAUGUGAGUCGCAUCGCAGCACACCUUGAAGCCAAGGUGCUUUGCUGUACGGACAAUUGUGAGUCGCAUCGCAGCACACCUUGAAGCCAAGGUGCUUUGCUGUACGCACAAUUGUGAGCCACAUGAUUGCCUCAGGCCAAGUUCUUGCACAUAGGGCCCGAUCUGGUGCGUUGAAGCAGGAUGUUGGGAGUCGAACCAUAAAAAUACAUGUUCCCGCUCUCCACCACUUUGGAAUGUUCAUCCCCUUUGCACGGGGUCACUUUCGUUGAGUGUUACAGAUGCUCCCAUAGCUCAUUUCCAUGCUCAUAUUACCAGGUGGAUCUGUACCGUUAUUGUUAAUG